GAAAAGCAAGAUGAUAAGUGCAUUGCUUAACCAGGGGCCAUUGUAGGUCAGCGAGCACUCGAGUGACGGAGGAAGGAGACUUGGUGUGAGUUCGGACAACAGCAGCAAAGUUUUGAAUGAUUUCCAGUCUGUAGAAAGUAAUCCAAGGGAGGUUGACCAAGAAUGUGUUGGAAUGAUCUAGAGUCACGGUUGGACUGCGGCAAGGAUGGAGAUGGGCAGCCGUAAACCACAUAAGUAUAUGUGUGGCUUCGUGCCCAGACAACCAUAUGGGUAUAAGUCCCCUAGCCACCUACACACAGAUACCACCCGUCACACUCACUUAGCCUCAAGCACAAACGUAUCAUGGAAAAAAAAGACGGCAUGUAAAGUACUCAAACAGAAAAAAAAUGCGGUCCAAAUUUAUAUUAUUAGUGUUAUCUCAGAAGUCAAGUCAAAUGUCCUAAGUUUUUUUAAUGCUACGGUUAAUUUCUUUAAAGUGAAGUUAAACUUCCGGGUAACAUAAAGUUAAAAUGAGAGGAAAAAAACAAUGUUUGCUAAAUUGUUUAUUAAAUCGCCUGAGCGCGAAGGAACUCAAGGGGCGCUAGGACCCGAAGAAUGUGUGUCUAUUUUUCCCCUCUCUGACCACAGCAACAGUGACUACUGAUUUCCCUCAAGACGCUUUAUAACUUCGUUAAAACCGCAGGCAUGCAGCGCCGACUCUUGCUCUUCUGGCCAAUUGAGAUCACAACCUUUGUCAUGUCCUGCGCCGACCAGCGAGAUCCGCCAGCAGUUUCCCAGUUUUCAGCAUGGACCAAAGAACUGCCUUACUGAAAUUCCUCAGAGAAGUUCAGGGCAAGAAAUCCAGCAAGGACGAGAAUAUUUCUGGGGAAUUUCUGAGAUUGAAAAGACAGUCAGUGAAAAACAAGCAUGACAAAACCUACUCAGCAGGUCAUGCAGAGAAGCAAGAGAACGUCAAGAAGAAUCGCUACAAAGACAUUAUACCCUUUGAUCACAGCCGAGUGCAGCUGUCACUGAUCAUUUCCGACAGUGAUUCUGAUUACAUCAAUGCAAGCUUCAUCAAGGGUGUGUAUGGACCACAUGCCUAUAUAGCAACACAGGGCCCUUUGCCGCAUACAGUGAUGGACUUCUGGAGAAUGCUGUGGGAGUAUAAUGUUGUAGUAGUUGUCAUGGCUUGUCGUGAGUUUGAGAUGGGACGGAAAAAAUGUGAGCGAUAUUGGGCCAACAAAGGAGAAGAUCCAUACUGUACUGGGCCUUUCAGUAUUACUUGUGAACAAGAGGAGGUCAAACCAGAAUACAUCAUCAGAACAUUGAAAGUUCAUUUCCAAAGUAUCAAUCGGACUAUGUAUCAACUUCACUAUGUCAAUUGGCCAGAUCAUGACAUUCCAUCUUCAAUAGAUCCCAUCUUGGAAUUGAUCAAAGACAUGCGGAAGAUUCAGCCGCACGACGAUGUCCCCAUCUGUGUCCACUGCAGUGCUGGCUGUGGAAGGACAGGUGUGAUAUGUGCCAUUGAUUAUACAUGGAAGCUGCUGAAGGAUGAGAUAAUUCCAGAAAAUUUCAGUAUUUAUAACCUGAUUCAAGAAAUGAGAACACAAAGACCAUCAGUUGUACAAACCAAGGAACAGUAUGAGUUGGUCUACAGAGCAAUCAGUGAUCUGUUUGAGAAGCAGCUAGAGCUCCUGAACACAAAUCCAAGUUUCAGUAUUGAUGAGGUUAAUGAGCUGCCUGUGACGUUAGAGAGACCUGAGCGGCCACCAAAACCCAUCCAAAUGUCGACAAACUCACCUUGUCACAGGUCACCAAAAGAGGAAAGAAGUUCACAAUUCAAGGUACAAGAAUUACCAUUAGUAAAUCAACACAACCAGUUAGGAUUCUUCCCCAUUAGACACAGCCAGUCUCAUGGAUUAAUAACAGACUUGAACAAUAGCUCCAGUAAAUAUGAAGAUAUUUCUCAACGUAUCCAGGAUCCCACUUCUUGCAUUGCAACAUGUCCUCCUGAGAGAGGGCCAGGAAGACAGAUGAGCCUGGGCCUUGACAGGAACGUUGAAAGGACAUCAUGGGGUGAAUUAUCCCAGAAUUUGGAGAGACUGCCUCACAACACAACAGAGUCUGCAAGCAAGCAAUGCCUAACCAGGGCCAAGUCAAAUCCAUUUAACAUCACAAGUCAGGAUCUUGAUGAACCAAAGGCAUCACCUGAAAUCAAGGAAUACAACCACCUGGGUUCUUUAGAAUUGCUUAGCAUCCUUUCCAAUGACUCUCCCUCAACCAAAUGCAAUAGCUUACCGCCAGUUGGAAAAACCUGGAGUCCCUGUCAUUGGGAAGCUGCUCAAGAAGACAAGACCAAUGUUCUUGAAAACACACGGAGCCAAUCCUUCAUGCACCUCGGUUCCCAAGCCAUGUUCCCUACCACCUAUUCCACCGAAGAUCCUUACUUCUCCCCUCCUGGUUCAUCACUGGAGGAUAGCAUGUUCUCCUGUCCAGACUUACUCUGCCAACACCUGGAUAGUCUGACCUCGAACAAGCCCCGGUCUGAGAAUGAGUAUGGUGAGUUGCCACCCUGCCCAAGUUACUUUGAACCCAUUCGGGCCCAGCACAUGGAGGAAAAAUGGAAUCAUCGCAGCCUUGUUGAAACAGAAGUUGUGAAAGAAAAUAAUUCUGACGAUGAAACUCCUCCUCCUCUGCCAGAGAGAACUCCUGAAUCCUACAUUUUGCCAGAAAACCCUGAGCCAGUACCAGUUCCUCCAGCCUCUUUGAAAAUUGGGACAUCUUUGGAGUGGAGUGGCUGCACCCAAGCAAGGGUCUUCACAGAAUCCGUUAACGUGAAGACACGGAGUAAGAGUUUGAAAUUGAGAGGCUUUCGGAAGGAUAGGAAGGCUGAUUCGUUAGCAAUUCCAAGUUCAUUGAGUUUGCCACAGUGUGCCUCUGACUCAUCUCCAUCUACUGAGACACACAGUCCCAGAUCAUCACCUGAUCCCAAUAAGGCCUUCACGAGGAGCAAGAGUAUGAAAAUUCUACGAAGUAUGAAGAAGACUAUAAGCAGUGUCCCUGCGCUAUCCAGGACUCCUGUGACUGAACCAAGCACAGAACAAAAUCGCUCCUUUCUUAACUUUGGAUUUAAGAAUCGCUUUGUGAAACCAAAAGGAUCAAGAAAUCCUUCUCCAGACUGGGUCUGAUAUUACCCUUGGUGAAUUCCUCCCGCAGCCAGAAAUCGAAUGGGAUGUUGCUCUAGGCCAGGAUCAUCUUCCGAGUUGCUCCUCCAGAAACCCCACUUCCCAUGGGUUGAGAAAUUCAUUCUUGCAAGUGAAAAGGAGGUUUUGUGUUCUCCCUCAUAACGGACAAAGCACAACUGAAAACAAGUUUUCUGAAAUCAUGCAUUUCAUUAGCAGGCCACUGAACAGAAAAAAGGAUUCUGUGACACUUUGUUAAAGGAUUCUGAUUCGGGUCUACUUGCUGAAGCACAGUUUCGUAUUUCAAGAACCACAGAGUUACAAUCAAAUUUAUUUACAUUUUCAAAUCUUUUGAACAUGUUAUUGCACCCUUUAAAAUGUAAAGCGUCAUUUUCUCUUCCUUCCUCUGGAGGAAAAAAUAGUCGUAUCCAAUUACAAAAAUAAGGAAUUGCACCCUGACUCUGCCGUAGCUGAGGUGGAGCAAUGAGAGUGUGAGAGUUGGAGACUUCCUUUCCGACUGGCUUUGAGUAUUUUCCCAACACAGACACUUUCAGUGGUUGGGGAUGAAUCUGCUGUGAAUGGGUUGAAAACUCAAUGACAUCAGUAAAGAACGCCUGGGAUUUGUAUUUUCA